AUGGGUCGCGGAGCUGUGGUGGCUUUGAUGCUAUGCCUCCUAGGCGUCACCGUCUACGGUGAAGACCCUUAUCUCUACUUCACGUGGAAUGUUACCUAUGGUACCAUUUCACCUCUUGGAGUUCCCCAGCAGGGUAUCCUCAUCAACGGUCAAUUUCCAGGACCUGAAAUUAACAGCACAAGUAACAACAACGUUGUCGUUAAUGUGUUCAACAACCUUGAUGAACCACUGCUUUUCACAUGGCACGGUAUUCAACAGAGGAAGAAUUCAUGGCAAGACGGUACCCCUGGUACUUCUUGCCCUAUCCUUCCCGGAACUAACUACACCUAUAAGUUUCAAGUGAAGGAUCAAAUCGGAAGUUACUUUUACUACCCUACCACCGGUCUUCAAAGAGCCGUUGGUGGUUUCGGUGGUCUUAGAGUCUUCAGUCGUUUGUUGAUCCCUGUUCCUUAUCUUGACCCUGAAGAUGAAUACUGGGUUCUUAUUGGCGAUUGGUUCGGAAAGUCUCAUAAAUCUUUGAAGAUGUUGUUGGACAGUGGUCGUUCUCUUGGAAGACCUACCGGAGUUAUCAUGAACGGUAAAAACGCUAAGGGUGACGGAACCGAUGAGCCACUCUUCACAAUGAAGCCGGGAAAAACCUAUAAGUACAGAAUCUGCAACACUGGUCUUAAGGACGCUCUUAACUUCAGAUUCCAAGGACAUUCAAUGAAGUUGGUUGAAACUGAAGGCUCUCAUCUCGUUCAAAACAACUAUGACUCUCUCGACGUUCACGUUGGACAGUGUUACACCGUCCUCGUCACCGCCGAUAAAGAGCCAAUGGAUUAUUACAUGGUUGCCUCCACUCGUUUCACCAAGUAUACUUUAACCGCUAAGGGUAUUGUUCGUUACACCAACGGUAAGGGUCCUGCUUCACCUGUUCUUCCACCUGCACCUGUUGGUUGGGCUUGGUCUCUUAACCAGUUCCGUUCCUUCCGUUGGAACUUAACUGCUUCUGCUGCUAGACCUAACCCUCAGGGUUCUUACCAUUACGGUCAGAUCAACAUCACCCGCACCAUUAAGCUUGUUAACUCUGUUAGCAAAGUCGAUGGCAAACUCAGGUACGCUAUCAACGGUGUCUCCCAUGUUGAUACCGAAACUCCUUUGAAGCUCGCCGAGUACUAUGGUGUUGCCGAUAAGGUGUUCAAGUACGACACUAUCUCCGACAUGCCACCGGCCAUUCUCAACACCAUCACUAUUGCACCUAACGUCAUCAACGCCACUUUCCGUACCUUCAUCGAGGUCAUCUUCGAGAACCAUGGAAAGACCGUCCAGUCAUACAACCUAGACGGUUACUCUUUCUUUGCUGUCGCAGUUGAGCCAGGAACAUGGACACCAGAGAAAAGAAAGAACUACAACCUUCUUGAUGCAAUCAGCAGACACACAAUUCAGGUGUUCCCUAAAUCAUGGGCUGCAAUCAUGUUGACAUUCGACAAUGCUGGUAUGUGGAAUUUGAGGUCAGAGCAUGCUGAGAACCGUUACUUGGGACAACAACUCUACGUUAGUGUUCUGUCACCGGAAUUCUCCAACAGGGAUGAGUAUAACCUUCCUGAGACUCAACAAGUUUGCGGUAUCGUCAAGGAUAUGCCCAGGCCUGCACAAAAGUAUAACUAG